AUGCGGUUCCUCUGUCUACACGGGAUCGGGAGCAAUUCUCGCAUCUUGCAACAACAAACAGCAGCGAUAAGAUAUGAGCUCGGCAACCGCCACAGCUACGACUUCGUCGAGGGCACUCUCCCCUGGACCCCCGACCCAACACUGAAAGCGAACAUGCUCGGCGACGAAAAGACCUUUUCCUAUUGCGACCCAGCAGACGCCGAGUCCUGCCUCCAGACGAUUGACCUCCUUGAGAAAUACGUCGCAGCCGAGGGUCCAUACGAUGGUGUGAUCGGGUUCAGCUUGGGCGCCAACAUCGCCAUCUCAUGGAUGAUCGAGCGCCAGCGCCAGCACCAACACCAACCAACUCAGAACGGCACCACCGCCGGUCUGCCCUUCAAAGUAGGCAUUUUCUUUUCCAAUGCAUUUCCUCUGUACGACAUGGACGCUCUCCAGGAGGGUCGGAUCGAUCAUUCAAGCACUGUGCCCGAUGGGAGCCUUGAUUUGCCGACCGCGCAUAUUUGGGGAGUAAGGGAUGGUGGGUAUGAACAUGCACAGAUCGCCAGUAGGGCCUGCAAAGCGGAGAAACGGUCGGUGUAUGUGCAUGGCAGGGCUCAUGAGAUUUCUUCUGCGCCGGACGACUUGAUUGGCAUGGUCAAGGUGGUGAAUCGGGCUUUGGCGCUUGUCUAA